UGUGUAAAUGUUUAUGAACAGUUACUGCUUGCUAUUUUUCAAAGGGUCUGGAAGUUAAACCCUUCUCAGGCCAUAUAUAAGGUUUCAAAGGAAACAGCAAAACACUGAACCAACCAACAUUAGCCUUAGCGGCUAGGUAUAUUCAUGCACACAGAGUUAUAGACUUUUAGUUCUGGAACUGCCUCUACCCUGCUUGACUUCUGCAUACAAGCAAUUCCAGACAUGGUUCAGUCACAGUUUGCAAUGGAUAGAGCACAAAUCUAGCAAGAGAAAUUAAGCUUUAUACACAAAGAGGGAGAAGUUGCCAGAAUUUGUGCAAGAGGAAUAAAAUAUUAAAGUAACUAAAUGCCUCUUUUGUAAACAAGAAACCAAAAACCAGUCUGCAACCAAAUAGGGGAGAUACAACAAGGCCAACAGCAUUUUACUAAACAGAGACCAGAAAUCUUUUCCUGCAUUGAUUUGAAAGCAAGAACCGUUUACAGCUCCCAUCCACAAUAGACUCUGUUUAAGAGAGAUUCAAGAAAGACAGGCUCUCUUUGUGCAGAACCAUCUGGAAUCUCACCACAGAUGACGUUGUGUGGCUUCAACUUGCAGACAGAUUUCAGUGAGGACAGAGGAACAUAUUCCAAACAAAGAGUGACGUGUUGAAAUCUGGAGAAGCAAUCUAAAACAUACAGCAGUCAAAAGUAUCUACACACUUUUAACGAAGAUGAGCAACGUCCACUUUCUUUUGGCGGCCAUUAUAGUAGCCAUCUCAUCAGGACAGACUGAUGUCGAGCAGCAAGACAGCGAGCAACCAAUCAGCUUCAAGACCGAGAAAUGCACGUACAACUUGGUUGUGCAUGAAAUGGACACCUCACGCUGCCCAACAUUCACCAAGGGACUAAUACAGGACCAAAUACCAGUCCAGGGGAACGAAAUCACCGCAAAACAAGAGGAAUUGGAAGAAGUUGAGGAUCGAAUAGAUUCUUUAGAAAAACAACUCUUGCGGGAGAUCGUGAAAAACCGCAUCAUGAACAGCACACUCACCAGGUACGACGUGGCGCUCCAGCGCGCAGAGAGUCUGCUAUGGGAGCAGCGCAGCAACAUGACUCAUCUUUCUGACCGCGUUCAGGAACUUGAGAAGAGCCUGGAGUACCAGAAGGUUAAGACCAACAGCCUGGACAAGAAGCUGUCCAGCGUUAUGAUCAAUGUAGGAGAGGUGAUUAACUACGUGGAGAAAAAGCUACCAAAAGGGACAAAUAUUUACGAGAAGGCCAUUGCAGUCCAGGCAGCAUCUGCUGUACAGACAUGUGGCAUCAGUGAUAACCAUACCAUCUUCAAAGACUGUGAGGACGUCCACUACCAAGGUCACAAGGCCAGUGGGGUUUACUAUGUGAAGCCUUUGUAUGGGUCCUGUCCCAUCCCAGUAUGGUGUGAUAUGGACACUCUACCUGGAGGCUGGAUGCUACUGCAGAGGAGAGAGAGUAACAAGGUCGACUUCAACCGCAACUGGGCUGAGUACCGAAAGGGCUUUGGAGAUGUCACUCGCGAUUUCUGGAUUGGCAACGAAAACCUCUUCCUGUUCACCAACCAGGACUUCUACAAACUGAGGGUGGACUUGUGGGAUUUCUAUGGCAGCCGUGUCUAUGCCGAGUAUCUGUUCUUCAAAGUUGACGGCGAGCGAGACCAGUACAUGAUCCACAUUGCUAACUACACUGGCACUGCACGUGACGGGUUCAGUAAGCACGAGGGCAACAAGUUCAGCACGUAUGACAACGACAAUGACAGCUGGUCCGAGUACCACUGCGCGAAGGACUGGAAAGGAGGCUGGUGGUACAACAACUGCUGGUACGUCAUUCUGAACGGGCCAUAUUACAACGAGACAGAUGUCAAGUACAAAGGGAUUUCGUGGAACGAAUGGAAGUCGGAGCAGCUCAAAAAAGUUGAAAUGAAAAUAAGGCCAUCUUUCUUUUAUGAUAAUAACUGAAAGUUUUAAAAUAAAAGAAUAUCAUUUUGACUAGGACACACUCUGAUUUCAAGCACUGGGCAAAAGAAGAUUGUUUAUUGUUCAUGCUCACUAACGAGGGUUUUUUUGUUUAAUGUUUGAACAAUUUAUGUAAUGUUAAAGAAGGGUAACUAGUAAUGAGAGCUAAGCUGAAGUGUUCACUUUAUGUUGAAUGAGCAGGUCUCUAUGAUUCCAUGGCAGCACAUGAAAUCAGGUGACAUCUAUUUCUAGCUAAUUUCAAUGUGAUUCAUGUGCACGGCAUGUAGUAUUUUUACAAUUAAUUAAAAAUAUCCUGCAUGCAUCUGAAAAUGACCCUUAGUCGAAUAAUUUUUAUUUCAAUUCAGCAAAGCUUUUUAUUUCCCAAUUCUGACUUUAAAAAUAAUAAUGAAAUGCCUUAAAAAAUUAAUCAAAAGCACACCUGGUGUUAAUAUUUCCCUCUGAAUCUUAGGACUUUGUAAGGUUCAAGCUUUUGCACCUUCUGCCACCACACAAGAAAAAAUACUGUCUAUAUCAAAAACAACAAAAGGCCAUGUACUAUGCAAAACUCAGAAGCCAUUUUCCUGAUGUGAGUGAAAAGGAGGCCAUUCCCAAUUCUGCACUGACAGUGCUUGCCUUUGUGAAAUGUCAGAAAGAUGGAUAGGAGUCUAAAUUAUUCAUUAGACAUUUAGAACUAAAUCAUUCAUUCAAUCAAAAAUGGUAGAAUUAUUCCAAUCCAUGUUCAAAGAAGGCUCGAGCUAUGGUUCAUGAAUUAGAACUUUUUCAUUGAGGAAUAUUAUAUUUUGCGCUAAAAUACCACAUAGGAUAACUUCAAUGAAAUAUUCAGCCAUCAUUUCAGAGAAGCACAAUAACAUGACCUAGAUACACAAUCUGUUUCUGGAUUAUAGCACAUAUCAAGACAGCUAACCCCAUUUUUUUUUUUAAUAAAGUCAACUAAUUUCCUGAUCUGAUAUUGAUAUUCUUCACAAUAAAAAUAAGCAUGUUCACCUUCACAGCAUUCUAGAUAGAAUUCCAGUGUGGCAAAAUAAUUUAAAACAUGCUUAAUAACAGUUUCCAUCAAUAUCAAGGUAUAAUACCAAUAAUUAUUACAAAUAAAUUAAAAUAAAUAAAUACACACUGUUGCUUGUUAUCAUUUAUGCAUUUCUAUCAAUAAUCUUUAUUUUUCCAGAUGAUCAAUGACUUUAAUGAAGGACUUCAAUAAAUGAUAUUCGUUUUUUAGUUCAGAUAAUCCUUCCAUACAGAAAUAUAACUUGAAUAAAAUAAUAUGUAGGUUUCUAUAAGAACCCCCAAAGAAAGGAAAAGGAUUGAAUAUCAGGUUUUAUGGACAAUUUUCACAUCUAAAGACCAUGAAAAAAUACUUCAUUAUAACAAUAUAGUUUUAUACACCAUGUUUCUAUCACUGUAUGUACAUGUAGUUAAUAUCUUCCACGCUAAUUUAUGAGUCAAAUAAUAAAAAAAUUACAUGACAGGGAUUAAAUA